ACAAGUUGCUUCAAACUUUAGUUUACAAUCGCAUGACAUGAAGAGAGCACUUGCAUUAUAAAAGAUUUUGCUUACUUGUACAUUUUGAAAACACAGUGAUUUACUGAAACACGCGCCUCAAAUUUGAGAAUUCACAGGAGAAAGACACUUUUGAGCAUUAAGACAUUCGUUGUGGGAACUUUUAAUUUUUAUAUGCAGAUGAAAAUGAGCGACACCGAUGAAGGGAGAGGAUCGCCCUGUACCCAGCCCUCUACUGAACAGCUUCUGAAAGCUGUCCGUGGAGCAGGGCCUUUAACAGACGAAGCCAUCCUUGGUAAAGCUGGCUUGGAUGAUCCUGUUAAGUUUCCGAAGCAAAUUCAGGAUGCUGUUUCACAAGUCUUAAAGGGAUACGAUUGGUCUUUGAUCCCCAUGCCCCAGAGAGGACCCAACGGAGAGAAGAGAAAACCCCACAUCAAGAGACCCAUGAACGCCUUUAUGGUGUGGGCUCAGGCUGCAAGGAGAAAAUUAGCCGACCAGUACCCCCAUCUUCACAAUGCCGAGCUGAGCAAAACUCUCGGCAAGCUUUGGAGACUUUUGAACGAGGAUGAAAAAAGACCAUUCGUUGACGAAGCCGAGAGACUCCGAGUACAACACAAGAAGGACUAUCCCGACUACAAAUAUCAACCCCGCAGACGAAAGCCUCUGAAAAGUGCCAAUGGCAGUCCAGCAGAAUCCAAUGGAAACAUGUCACACGCAAUGAUGUUCAAGGGAAUGCAAGGAUCUCCCAAUGGCAUGAGUGAUGGGGAUUCCAGCGAUUGUUCCUCCCACAACAACCACGGGCCACCCACCCCUCCCGCUACACCCAACCAACACGAUCUGAUCAACCUUAAAUCCAUGGCUGACCGCAUGCGCGCGGUACGCCAUAUUUCAGGAGGGCAUCAAAAUCCAAUAGAUUUCAGUAGAGUUGACCUAAGGGAAAUCGCCCCGGAGGCAGUGGCCUACAAUGAACUGGAAGAAUUCGACAGAUAUUUGCCAACCACAGCUGCCAAUCCAAUUAUACAGGGGGACAGCGAUCAGUAUACUCCCUAUGGUAUGACGUCAGUCACAACUACUACGUCAUCUUCCUGGACCAGCUCUUACAGACCCCCAGGAUCCAUGUGCUUGCCAACCUACAACAUGACACAAAAUAAUGACAUUUCUACCCCCUACGACUUGUCCAACCAUCAUUCACCGCCAAGCGGUAACCCUUCUCAGUCUCCAAACAUGCAUAGUCCAUCAUAUCAGAGUAGCGCCAGUGACUGUAAAUAUUCGGAUCACGAGGAAUCUAAUCCUUCCGUGAAACUGGAGCCGCUAAGCGGACGUCACCAAUCUUCAAGCCAACAGUACAACUACAGUAUGUCUCCGCCUCCACGAUAUGGCAUCGACAGUCACCAUGGCAACUCAUACGUGUCUCAAGGCAAUAGUUCCUAUUCCUCAUCCUCCAAUGCUGGGUCUCAGUCGUACCAAUUCAUGGGCAUGAACCGUCAAAUGUUCAACCCAAUCCCUGCAGCCGUACCUUCGGACCAACAGUGGGAUAGAUAUGCUUAAAAGGACAUUUCUGUUCAUCGGACUUAACUGUAUCGCUGUGAUCUCUCGUAACACCUCGUCCGUGCUCUAUUUGUUAUUUCUGUGCGAAUGCUUGCUAGUAAACUCUACAAGAGAUGGAUAAUUGGGGGGUUUCCGAAGAAACGUGAUAGCCUUGGUGUUUCUUUCAUAUUUUUGUGUGCACGGAUGACAAACUAUGUAACUUAUCCAUUUUUUAUUACUUUCUUAUGUUUAUGACUCACAGAGAAAUAAAGUCCCCUUGACAAAUCAUGCCAUUUUGUUGUUGUCACCGGUGCUAAGCUACAAUCCAGUAUUUAGUUCUGUGUGACAUUACAUUUUGUUUAAAAACAAGACUUUGAUAU